CUCAUCAGCCCUAUCCUCUCGCAUCGGCACAACAGAACGUGAAGACGGCGGAGCGGGUAGUUGAACGUGGAGGCGCUCUGAGAUCCUAGCUAUGGCCUGGACUUCCCCCUGCAUAAGUAUCAACGCAUCCUCGCCUUCUCACCCCUAUUGAGCCAGCCAUCCCUUCCCGUGACCGAGAAAGCAGGCCCGAGAAAGAGGUCCACUGUCGGUGCUCCGUGCUUGCACCGAUGAUUGGUGGCCAGGGUUGGGUCGUGGGCGUUCGGCAGCGUGCGUGGAUCAUGUGUGUGAAGUAUCAAGCUCAGGGAUCGGUCCGAGCACCUGGAAUUCCUCGUUGAACCUCGUCGCUGCUGCACCUCUGCUCCGCAUCGUGGACCGACCCCGACGUGUCUUUCGCGCUGAUGGGCAAGCAACUGAGGACCCAAGUGCUCAGCAGGUGGAAAGUGCCGAGCAGAAGCUCGUUGAAGGCCGUAUCGCAUUGGGCUGCGACCGAACACAAAUCGCCGGACACAAAUCGCCGCCACGGUCCUCCUCCUGGUGAUCCCGCGCCAUACCGAGCAGCAAGGUUUCCCUCCUCAUGGUGAUCUCGUGUCGCGCGUUGUGUCCUCUUCACCGUCCUCUGCCGCCACACACAUCGCCGAUGGAUAGAAGAUGGGUUUAUGGGAAACAAUUCACACCUGCAUAUGUGAAAGGAGUUGAAGAGUUCAUGAAUUUUGUUAGUGAAAGAUACCCCGAAGACACACACAUCCAUUGUCCGUGCGUGAAUUGUCUUAAUCAAAGGUUGCGACCUCAGAGUGAAGUAGAAACCCAUAUACACAUUUAUGGAAUGUCAGCUACAUACACGAGGUGGAUUCAUCAUGGGGAGUCGGCAGAUACAGAAGUUGAGGGUAUAGAGGAGGAGGUCGAAGGAUAUGAUCAUGACUUUGGGAUACAUAUGGAUGUGGACGAUGAUGUUUACGAUGAUGAUCAUGGGUACCAGAGAUGAUCGGUGAACUGUUUGCAGUGGUAGAGGCUGAUGGAGAAGAGCCAAGAUUUGCAGGAGUUCUUGGAGAUUCAAAGAAGGCACUUAGUCCGAGUUCUAGCCAUUCAAAAUUAUCUUUUAUGGUGAGGAUGUUGUAUAUGAAGUCUCGUUAUCGAAUCAACAAUACAGCAUUUUCAGCAAUGAUGAAGCUGAUGUCAGAUGGAUACCCUAACAGUGAGUUGCCAAAAUCAUAUGAUGAGGCCAUGAUAUAUCUUAAAGAAUUGGGCCUUGGAUACGAAAACAUCCAUGUGUGCAAGAACAAUUGUGUGUUGUUUCGAAAUGUUAAUGCUAAAAUGAAUGAGUGCAUAGUAUGCAAGGAGUCUAAAUGGAAAGAUGAAACUAGUUUGAAGCGGGUUCCACAUAAGGUUUUGAGGCAUUUUCCACUCUUGCCAAGGUUGAAAAGAAUUUUUGCUUCAAAACAAACUUCUGAGGAAACACGAUGGCACAAGAAAGUGAGGAAGCCAGUCGCCAAUUUGAUGAGCCAUCCAGCUGAUGGGGAAACGUGGAAGGACUUUGACCGAAAGUACCCAGGUUUUGCUGAUGAUCCGAGGAACCUGAGGCUAGCCUUAGCUACCGAUGGAUUCAAUCCAUUUGGCAACAUGAGUACCCAGUAUAGUAUGUGGCCAGUGCUUGUGACACCGCUUAAUCUCCCACCAUGGGAAUGUGUGAAUCCAGCAAACUGCUUUAUGUCUUUACUCAUCCCAGGUCCAAGAUGUCCAGGAAAGGAUUUUGAUUUGUUCCUUGAGCCCCUAAUUGAAGAACUGCUCAAGCUAUGGAAGGGUGUCAAUACCUAUGAUGCAUGUACUGGUAGGAAGUUCGACCUUCGUGCUGCUGUACUACGGUGUAUACAUGAUUAUCCAGCGCUGGCCACGUUAUCUGGGUGAACAACAAAAGGGUAUUAUGCAUGUAUUUAUUGCGACAAGAAUCCAUUGUCUCUGGCAAUAAGGAACAAGUUAUGCUAGAUUGGACAUCGUCGUUGCCUUAAAAGGACACAUUAUGGUGGAUAGCAUGGAUUUCAAUGGUAAGCGUGAAAACAAAGUUGAGCCUGGCAGGUUUACUGUGGAUGAGGUCCUACAAGAGCUAGAGAAGGUGAAAGAUGUCAGGCCAAUGAAGCAGGCUGACAUUACUGGAAAUAAAAGAUUUGAUGCUUCCACAUAAUCUCGAUGUGAUGCACAUAGAGAAAAAUGUAUGUGAAAAUAUUCUUUGCACACUACUCAGUAUACCAGGCAAGUCCAAGGACACACAUAAUGCAAGGCUAGAUUUGUAUGAUAUGGGCAUAAGACCUGAGCUGCACUUGCAACAAGAUGGCAACUUGGCCUGCAGGGCUCCACCUGCUCCAUAUGUGUUGGGGAAGGAUCAGAAAGUCGACUUUUGCAAGUUCCUCAAAGGUAUCAAGUUUCCUAAUGGAUUUGCGGAUAACCUAGCAAGAUACAUAAGUGAAGAUGGUUCAAAGGUGGUUGGAAAACUGAAAACACAUUCUUGCCACAUACUCCUACAGAGAAUCAUACCCGCUGGUCUUAGAGGACUGGUGAGGAAGGAUGUAUAUGAAGCAAUUGCAGAGCUGGGGACCUUCUUCAGGGAACUAUGCAGUAGAAAUCUACGGAUAGAUGUUGUGAAACGGUGGAAAGGAGAAAUUCCAUUGAUCCUAUGCAAGCUUGAGAAAAUCUUUCCAUCUGCCUUCUUUGAUGUCAUGGUGCACUUGUGUGUCCAUCUUCCCGAUGAGGCACUGCUUAGAGGACCUGUUCAAUAUGGAUGGAUGUACCCAAUAGAAAGGAGACUAGGCACUUUGAAAAAUUUUGUAAGGAACAGGGCUAGGCCGGAAGGAUCAAUUGCUGAGGCAAAUAUGGCAAGUGAUACCUUGACAUUUUGUUCUAGGUACAUGAAGGAUGUUGACACUAGAUUUAACCAGGAUGAUGAUAGUGGUACAGAGAUGCCAUUGCCUAAUGACAUCUCUGUUUUUAAGCAUGGUGCUACUCUUGUUGGAGCUACUAAGACUGAGUACAUUGAUGAUGCUAUCAUGAAUAAGUUAGUUUGGUAUGUUCUACAUAAUGCUGAUGAAGUAGAGGAUUAUUUGAAUCUGUACAGGGAGGAGCUAUCGCAACAAGGUGCACGUCCAAAUGAUGUUGAUCGAAUGGUUCAACAAGGAUUUGCAAAGUGGUUUAUGUCCCAUAUUGAGAAGAAGCGUAAUGAGAAUCCAGAAUUGGUUAGCGAAGGACUGUGGGCACUGUCAUGUGGCCCAGCUCGGCGAGUUAAGACUAGUACAACUUGCAAGAUUAAUGGAGUGCGGUUUAGCACAGUGGAUCGUGAGAAGUUCAUGCAGACACAAAAUAGUGGUGUAAUGACUGAAGGUGAACAUAAUGGGGAGAACAUAGAUUUUUAUGGUGUCCUUAAAGAGGUAAUUGAGUUACAAUAUAACUCGAAUUGUCAAGUUCGUCGGACGGUGGUUCUAUUUCGAUGCGAUUGGUACAACCAAGUAGGCAAGACUGUGGGCAUUCGAGAUGACAAACAUUUCAAAUCCAUCAAUGUGCAGUCAUUUUGGUACAAGUCUGAUCCUUUUAUCUUGGCAGACCAAGCGAAAAAGAUAUUUUACCUGGAAGACACAACUCCACAAUGUAAAGAUUUCCGAGUUGUGCAGAAAUUUGAACAUAUGAAUAUUUAUGAUGUGGCUGAAAAAUAUGAGGGCCGUAAUGAUGUGCAUCAGGAUGAUUAUUGUUCUGAUACUGAGCAUAUAGUGCAAGAAGGUGAUGAUAAUCAGGUUCUACACAAUGUUGAAGGUGGAGAAGCCACUCUAAUUGAAGGCAAUUUAGAGGAACUAAUAAGAAAAAAGAAGGAAGCUACUAUUAUUCUUGAAGAUAGUGAGGAUGAGGAGGAAGAUGAUACAAUGCUUCAAUAUUUUAAUGAUGGUGGCGACGACAACAAUGAUGACAUGUCCAUAGAAGAUGAAGAUGAGGAUUUCUAGUAUUGAUAGUUGAUUUAUGAACAAGCCUAUUCUUUAGACUAAUACAACAUAUUUCUGAUACUGACCAUGGCUUGAUUGAAUGAAUUGAACUCAUGAGCGGUGUAUGCCAGGGAAGACAUCAACUUCAUGAACUCGCGACCAUCAGCAUCGACAGUGAAAAUAUUGGAUAUCUAUUGCACUGUGCAGUUUGACAAAAAGGUUUAUAAUGGCGUGAUGGUGGCUGUCUGGACAAUUUGUUUAUUAUUUCCUUCACUAGUUAUAACGUCAGAGGCAGAUGUUCUUUUGAACUUUGUUACUUGGCAGAGUUAAACUGAAGAUUCUUUCUUUUCCUUGAUCGUUCUAUCAAUCUGUUUAGUUUUACAGUUGUUGGUGCAUCAGUUUUCUGCACAAACAUGCAACAUAAAAGGAAAUCAGUGUCUAUCACUCUAUAUGAGUAUCUGAGUAAAAGUAUAUCUGGAAGAUCGGUUCGUUGCAUCCUUAAUAAGAUCGUUACCAAGAUUCCAUGACAGAUCGAAAUAUAUUUUGAUGUUUUCAUCUGUUUGUAGUUACAGUACCUAAUAAAGUUUAAUAGAGUAGAUCCUGUCAAACUAUAUCUUCUAUGUUUUACUUUGUUCUUGGAGAAUUAUAUCCUUACCAAGUGUUGGUGGCAGAUCCAAACAUACUUUAGUAUUUUCAAAAUUAUUUGUGGUACUUGAAAUUAAAUUGAUUUGCAUUGACUCUCUUGUACCUCUGUACAAUGUGUCGAAGUAAUGCUUGAUACCUGAUUAGAUCUUUGUACAUUUUCUCUUCUCAAUAAUCAAGAUGAGUCGUGGUGGUAGUGCCGGUGGUGGUCAAAGUUCUCUGGGUUAUCUCUUUGGAAGCGGUGAGCCCCCCAAACCAGCAGUGGCACCAGCUGCAAGUGCUCUACCUGUUGAGAAACCAUCUGCUGCAAAGACUGAUGCGACCAAGCAGGUUGUUGCUGGGGUUACCAGC